CACCCACCCCACCCCCGCAGGAAGCUGCGCUGCACCCAGAACUACAUCCACCUGAACCUGUUCCUCUCCUUCAUCCUGCGAGCUCUCUCCGUGUUGGUCAAGGACGACAUCCUGUACUCCAACUCCGGCACGCUGCACUGCCCCGACCAGCCGUCCUCCUGGGUGGGCUGCAAGCUGAGCCUGGUGGUCUUCCAGUACUGCAUCAUGGCCAACUUCUGCUGGCUGCUGAUGGAGGGGCUGUACCUCCACACCCUCCUGGUGGCCAUAUUCUCCCCCAGCUGACGCUUUGUGGCCUACCUCCUGAUUGGAUGGGGCAUCCCCACUGUCUGCACAGGUGCGUGGAUUGCAGCCAGGCUCUCGUUAGAAGACACAGGGU